AUGUGGCAGACUGGUUACUCUACAGUUCCCAGUUCAUCUAAAAGCAAUUAUCGCUGCCUACAAAAGUUUCUAAACAUAGGGCAUUUAACUGUAGCCCCAGGACUAGGCAAAACCCUCGACUGUUCAAUUAAACAGUUGCUGUAUGUGCUGGUUCCGGCUGUUUCUCGUGGUAUUUCUAUUAUUUUAGCUGGGCAUUCUGUUACGGAAAGAGGAUUUUUCAGGGAAAGAUUUAUCCCAGACUUUCGUCAUCUUUUAUCAACUGUACAUAAUGCUGGUGAAACCCCACACUUGGAAUUGUUAUUAUCCGAUGCAGAUCAUGAACCAGGUUUUGUCGUUUAA